AUGUUACAGUGUACACAGAGAAAAAUAACAACACUUUUAUUUAUAUUUUCUUCGAUUACUAUACUCGGUAUUAUAUUUAAUAAACAUGAAAAUAUAAAAGAAAGUAUUUCGAAUAUAUCUCCAAAUAAUUUUCUUGAUGGUUGUCGAUAUAUUUAUAUUGAUAUGGGAACAAAUAUUGGUGUACAAAUUCGAAAACUUUAUGAACCAGAUUUAUAUCCAAGUGCACCUAUUCUUCCAAUUUUUGAAGAUAUGUUUGAAAAUAAUUUUAAUGAAGUUUGUUCCAUUGGAUUUGAAGCAAAUCCUUUACAUGAUAAAUAUUUAACUGAAUUUGAAAGAUAUUGUUUAGCACGAAAAUGGCGUGUAAAAAUUUUUAAAUCAACUGCUGUUAGUUAUGUAGAUAAAAAGCUUAAUCUUUAUAUUGAUCCUGACAAUGAAAACAAUUAUCAAAAGGAUGCAAGUUUAGUAGCAAUUAAUAAGACAAAAAUUAUUACGGUACAAGGUAUUGAUAUUGCAUCAUGGUUUAGAACAACAGUAUUAAAUCGAAAAUUAUCACCUGGUGAUCAACCAUCAAGAAUAAUGAUGAAAAGUGAUAUUGAAGGACAUGAUUCAACUGUUUUAGCAAAUCUUAUAUUUAAUGGUGUUUUUUGUUCUAUUGAUCUUAUUUAUGGUGAACAUUUUAAUAGUGAUUUACAACAAGCAAUUUUAUCAUUAAAAAAAUAUUCGAAUACAUGUAAAACGGAAGUACUUGAAUUGACAGAUGAAAAAUAUGAUCUUCAAAAAUUUCCAUUUGUAAUUCCCGAAUCAACAGAUUAA